AUGUAUUCUUCCAAGUCCCUCCUUGCUUCUCUUCUUGCUGCAGCGCCGGCCGCCCUCGCAGCAACCACGGUCGAUGACUCGCAGUGCGAUUGCUAUCUGAGCAACGGCACCAAGCCGACCUACUACGCCAACCACAUGUUCUUCGACUUCCGCUCGCUGUCCCAGUACGCCAGCAUCCCCGACCUCAUCAGCACCCUCGAGGGCAACGCCAACGCCGGCUUCACCAGCGACUACUUCAACUGGGAGUCCGAGUUUGCCCAGACCUGGGGCCUGCAGAACUGGUCCAACGAAGACGCCGACUUCCCUAUGCAGAACACCUUCAACAAUAUCUACAUCCAGAAGAACACCGACGAUGUCCCUGCAAGCGACACUUUCCUGACCAUGCGUACUGCUCGUCACGAUGGCUUCCAGUCGGCCUCUGAGUUUGAGACCAUCGAACAGCACCAGUAUGCCUCGAUGCGCAUGUUCGCUCGUACCAUCGGUUCCGAGGGCGCUUGCACCGCCAUGUUCACCUACCGAGACGCUGCAGAGCUCGCGAACGUCCAGGAGGCUGACAUUGAGGUUUUGACGUCGGACGCCGACAACGUCAUCCACUACACCAACCAACCCUCGUACACCGACGCAGGUGGCGAGGUCGAGGGCGCCUCCGAGACCGUCACUCUCACCAACGGCCUUACAUGGUCCAAGUGGGCAACCCACCGUCUGGACUGGACCCCUGACCAGACCGUGUGGAGCGUCGAUGGCCUGCAGACGGCUGUCAACUCCUUCCAGGUUCCCAAGGAUGCUUCGUCCCUGAUCUUCAACGCCUGGAGCAACGGCGGAUCCUGGACCGGCAAGAUGGACGAGGGCGGCGUUGCGUGCCAGCAGAUCCAGUGGAUUGAGAUUCUUUAUGGUCCUGCGGAGGCAAGCUCGUGCCAGAAGGUCUGCAGCAUCGACGAAUCGACCGAGCUUGGAAAGCCGGUGGUUCAGGGAACGUCUAAGGCCAGAUGCUUGGCGUCUUCUCAGAUGCGCCGCUUCAGAUAG